CCAGGGGCUCUGCCUGGCGCGCCCAGGUCCCUCCCAGGUGAGGCUGCGCGGGGCGGGGUGAGGUGCGGAGCGGGCGGGCGGGCGCAGCAGAGCCCCCUGCUUGCCGGCGGCCGCGGCCCCAGCCUCUUUGCGCCCCCGGGCCAGCUCCGGGCGCAGCCGGCGGCAUGAGCGGGCCGGAGGAGGAGAAGCAGCUGGAGCGUCUCACCAGUCUGAAAGCGCGAGCUGUCGGUGAAUAUGAAGAUCUUAGAGCAGCAAACAACAAAAAGAAAGAGGAGUGUGACAAAAUUAAACAAGAGCGUGAUGAGGCAGUCAAAAAACUUGAAGAGUUUCAAAAAAUUUCUCACAUGGUUAUCGAGGAAGUAAAUUGUAUGCAGAACCACCUUGAAAUUGAAAAGACGUGCCGUGAAAGUGCUGAAGCUUUGGCUUCUAAGUUGAACAAAGAAAAUAAGACCCUGAAAAGAAUUAGCAUGUUGUAUAUGGCAAAACUGGGGCCAGAUAUCAUUACAGAAGAAAUUAACAUUGAUGACGAUGAUUCAUCCACAGAAACUGAAGGUAGCUCGGGUUCAUGCAACUCAGUGCAUUGUCAACAGCAAAUGAAAGAGCUGCAAGAUCAAAUUAUAUCUGUUCAGGAGCAAAAGAAGACCUUGGCCAUUGAACUGGAAAACCUGAGGCGCAAACUUGUAGAAGUAAUUGAAGAAGUAAAUAAAGUAAAGGAAGAAAAAGCUGUUCUGAUAGCAGAAGUUCAUGAACAGAGGAAACUAUUGGAAAAAUGUAACCGAGUGUCUGUACUGGCUGUGGAAGAAUAUGAAGAACUCCAGGAAAACUUUGAGUUGGAAAAGAAUCUACGGAAGAAAGCGGAGUCAUUUGCACAAGAGAUGUAUAUUGAACAAAACAAGUUGAAAAGACAAAGCCAUCUGCUUCUGCAAAAUUCUGCUCCUGAUCAGCAGCUAUUGAAAGCUUUAGAUGAAAAUGCCAAGUUGACCCAAACACUGGAAGAAGAGAGACAUCAACACCAGCAAAAGGUUAAAGAAUUAGAAGAGAAGUUAGAAAAUGAAGCACUACAUAAGGAGAUCAGUUGUCUACAGCAGCAGCUGGGACUUCUGGAAGAAGAUAAAAAGGAGUUAGAACUAAAGUGGCAGAACUCUGAAGAAAAAGUUAAAAACCUAAAGCAUUCAGUUGAUGAACUCCAGAAACGAAUACACAGGUCAGAAAAUCCAGCACCGCCGCCACCGCCCCCACCGCCACCUCCGCUUCCUCCUCCCCCUCCCAAUCCAAUUCGGUCCCUUAUGUCCAUGAUUCGUAAGAAGUCUCAUCCUAGCAGCAGUGUGAGCAAAAAAGAGAGAGCUCCUCAGCAAGAAUCAGGGGAAGAAGUAGGAGACCUGAAGAGACAAGCAGUUGAAGAAAUGAUGGAUAGAAUUAAAAAGGGAGUUCACCUAAGGCCAGUUAAUCAGUCAAGCAGACCUAAGACAAAGCCGGAAGCACCAAAAGCCUCUGAUAGUGCAGUGAAAGAACUAAAGGGAAUACUGGAAACACUCAACAAAUCCACCAGUUCAAGAAGCUUAAAAUCUCUUGAAACAGACACAGAGAACAAUGAAACUGAGUUAGAAAGAAUUUUACGGCGCAGGAAGGUGACAGCCGAGCAAGACAGCAGUAGUCCGGCUGGAGUCUUGGCCACAUCAGAAUCCAAAUCCAUGCCAGUGUUAGGUUCAGAAUCCGGUACUACACAAACAGAAUUGAACAAGAAAACUCUGGAGGCAGAAUUCAGCUCCAAAACACCUGAGUUGGGCGAAGGGUCUCUUCAAAUGAAGGAAAGCGCAAGUUCUAAGGUUACAUUUCAGUCACCUAGUUACUUGGGAUUUGCAAGAAAAUCUAUUAGCCGAGAAAAUCAAACGGAAUCGAUUGUAGUUUUAGAUCCUGUUUCCACCAGUGAAGCACAAACCAAAGACCAGAUGCUUGAAAAAAUCAUAAAUCAACACAAGAUGAAAGAAGAAAAAAAUAAACAAUUAUAUAAAGAAACUACUGUUGAUAAAGCAAAAGAUUCAGACAGCUCUAACUGCUAAUUGUUAUGCUAAAAGGCUGAGAUUUUUGGAAGUCCUUCUCAGUAAGUGUAAAUUGCUUAGGUGAAUUGGCAAGGGCUAUAUUCUGCACUCAGAACUAUAUUCAGUAAUAGCUUACUGAAAUGGCCUAUUGUAUGCAGUUUUGGUAUAUGCAUUAGCAGGUUACAUAACUAUAUACAACUCAAAAUCCCUUUUUGUUUGGGUCCCGUAUGUGUAUUUUCCUAGAUAAUAGGUUACCCACAAUAUUAUUUUUUAAUUUUAUCAAAAAAAUCCCACUUUUUUUGUGUGUGUGUUAGCUGGACACUUUGUAAAAGCCAAUAAGGGACUGAUCCAAAGCCCACUAAAGUCAGUGGAAAGGCCUCCCUCUGAUUUCAGUGGGCUUUGGAUCAGGCCCUAAGUAGGUAAUCACAAAGAAGUACCUUUCCUCAUUUAGACUGGGUAAUAUCAAUAAAAAUCAGUUUGAGACACUGCCUUAAAAAUGUUUUGAUUCCUGUUUAAUACAGGGCUUCUACUGAUCUCCUCCUCACUAACAUCUCCACACAAGCUAUUUUAAAUCAUUUCAAAGCACAAACGUGAAAUGGUCUCUCCAGUAAACAGUUGACACGAGCAGUGAAAACAGGCAGUGCAGUUUGCCAGUUUGGUACCAGGAGUUUUGGUAACUGUUUCUAAAUUUAGAGUGUUAAACUGAUGCUUCCUUAGCCUGUGGGAAUUGAAACUCUGUUAAGUUCUGAUCCCACUUCCAUUGAAAUGAAUGGAAAGACUCCUAUUGAUUUCAGUGGAGUGAGGUCCUCAAUAUAGAGUGGGAAUAGGAAAAUAAUGAACAAGGCCCAAUCCUGAAAAGCUGUGCCUAUGAGGACAUUUCCACUCCCCCUUUACUGGAUCACAGUGUGAAAAUACAUUCCUGCACAUCAUUAGACAUGUAAAUAAUCCUUAUGCAUAGAAGUCCAUUGUAGUCUGGCUUUAAUGAGCCAACUCCCGCUGAAGUAAAUGUAAAUCCUUUUGAGUUGAAGAUGAAGGAUGGGCCUCUGUUAAUGCACUGGGUUGGGACUUAGGAGAUCUGGAUUCUGUUCCCAGCUCUGACACAACUUCCUAUAUGUUGUUGAGCAAAUCACUUAAUUUUUCUGGGCCUCAGUUCCCCGUCUUGUUCUCCCAACUUUUGUCCAUCUUGUCUGUUUGGAUUGUAAACUCUUCAGGGCACAGACAGCACCCAGCACAGUGGGGAUCUGAAGUUGGUUGGAGCCUCUUGGGGCUACUGUAAUAAAUAAUAAAUUUUACUGGACUCCUGUGAGUAAAUGUAUACAGGAUUGGGCCUCUCUGUCAAUCUUGCAAUUGAUCUUCACUCAGAGCUCCCAUUGACUUCAAGAGCAGGUCCAGUAUUACUAACACACAAACUUACAACAUGAUCCUUGUAAGCCUUAUACUGUGGUGGCAUGAGUUGUGUUAUCAUGUGAUGACACAAGUACCACAUUUUAUCAAGGCCCUUCUCUCCCAUGAAGAUAGAGCUACAGGUAUAUAACUUACUCUUCACUACCAAUCCCCAUUCCAUAGACAUUUUUAAAAAUCAGCACAAUAUUUCACUCUACUUGUCGACUACAUUGAACAAACAAAUGUAAUCAGGGAUUUAUUUUUUAACUUAAACUGAAGAUUGGUGUUACUGAUGUUGAGUGGUAAUAUACCUGAAUGCACUAUUGGAGUUUUUUUUUUUUAAUGCCCAUAAGAAACAGUGAUAGUAUUUUAACUAUUGAAAAGGAUGAAUGUGUUCAGUUUGUUAGCUUGGCUUUGCAUGGGGCUGUCUGGUGCUUCUCUUUUAGAAAGAAAAUGAUAGUCAUAAAUGUGGUAGUUGUGCUUUUUUUUUUUUUUUUUGGCAUGUUUGCUAAGCAAAUCUUGGGGUUGAUCUAAUUAGUUAACUCAAUGUAUUUCCUAAAUUUGGGGAAAUUUGUCACUUUAUUGUAGAUCUACAUUUCUGUGGGUUUUUUAGUAGUUAAUUUUACACUUAGGUAUCUGUUUGCUUACACUGAAUUUAAAAUGUAAAAUUUUAUAAAUGUAUUUUUCCUCAAAUUAUUACUACUGCUGUAUAUGUUAACCGCAAGCUAUCCUAAAACAGAAGGUUUUUUUUAAAAAUACUUCUUUUUAUGUAAACUAUUUCUGUUACACUGAUAUAAAUUAUUUAUCUUUUCACUGUUGCUUAUUAAAAAAUCUUACUGACAAUU